AUGACAGAGGAGACGCCAAAGGAGCUGCCCCACUAUGCCCGCCCCACCUACUCGUCCAUCCGCAAAUCCAAAACAGGCAGUCCCAGACCUGAGCGUCCUAAGACGGUACGCACGAGACCCCCCACGGCGAUGGAAUUGAAGCUGGGCUCGCCAAAGACACUUCAGCCCGAAAACAAGCCAUCCAAGAUCCGCCAGGGAGUGUGGAAUCUGUUCAGGAAGUCGUCAGAGGAGACACAAAAGCCCGCUUCAGGUGAGGAAAAUGAGGAACACCGCGACGAGCCAGGAGACUUGAAAGACAAGAUCUUUGCUGCCUUUGCACCUAAAAAGCCGGCCAAAGAGGAGUCCUAUUCCGUGCCAAUUUUUGAUGAUUACGCACGCCAAAACCCAGAUAUCAUCCAGGUGGCCAACAAUCUCGCCAGCCAGGCCCAGCUGGAAAUAGACCAGAGCGAGAACAUUUAUAGAGGCGGGCCGUUGCAGAAACUGAGCAAAAAUGAGUAUUUUGUGCCCCCCGAGGUACUCUUCAGGUCCGUGGGCGACCGCACAUACAUCCCCGUCGCUGAGUAUCUUGACCUGUUGCACAAGUACGCCAGCCUGUGCAACCGGCUGAAGCACUCCAACGGCGGUCACGUGACCGACCUAUGA